ACACUAAUUCCAAAAUGUCAUAAAAUUCCCAGAAUCCGACUCGAUCGCACGUGAAGAAAAUAGUGGCGAGAAAAAUCACAUUUUGUGCUGAAAAAACUGUGUUCUGAGUGAAAAAAUAGUGAAAAAUGUUGACUGCGGCUCGUGUUAUGUCGAAGUUCACACUGGACACAAGUCCAAGUGUUGUGAGGAGGUCAUAUUCGACAAUUCUCAGAAAUCAAUUGUCUCCUUCGCUGGUCAACUAUCAGAAUAAAUAUGGACAAAUUCGGCACAAAUCCGAGGGUGUCAAGGGGGCAGUUAUUGGGAUUGAUCUGGGCACAACUAAUUCAUGCGUUGCCGUGAUGGAGGGAAAACAGGCAAAGGUGAUUGAGAAUGCGGAAGGAAAUCGCACGACACCUUCUCAUGUGGCCUUCACGAAGGACGGAGAACGCCUCGUGGGGAUGCCGGCCAAGCGCCAGGCUGUCACAAACUCUGCCAACACAUUCUACGCCACAAAACGUCUGAUUGGUCGACGUUUUGAUGAUCCAGAAGUGAAGAAGGAUAUGAAAAACCUCUCCUACAAAGUCGUCAAAGCUUCCAAUGGGGACGGUUGGGUUCAGGGUACCGAUGGCAAAGUCUAUUCUCCCAGUCAGAUUGGUGCCUUCAUUCUCAUGAAGAUGAAGGAAACUGCUGAGGCAUACCUAAACACCCCCGUGAAAAAUGCCGUCAUCACCGUCCCAGCCUAUUUCAAUGAUUCCCAGAGGCAGGCUACCAAAGAUGCUGGUCAGAUUGCUGGACUCAAUGUCCUGCGAGUGAUUAACGAACCCACGGCAGCUGCUCUUGCUUACGGAAUGGACAAGACCGAGGACAAAAUUAUUGCUGUGUACGAUUUGGGCGGUGGAACCUUUGAUAUUUCCAUUCUGGAGAUCCAGAAGGGUGUCUUUGAGGUGAAAUCCACAAAUGGUGACACACUUCUGGGCGGUGAGGACUUUGACAACUAUUUGGUGAAUUUCCUGGUGACAGAAUUCAAGAAGGAUCAGGGCAUUGACAUCACUAAGGAUCCCAUGGCUAUGCAGAGGCUCAAGGAAGCAGCUGAAAAGGCCAAAAUUGAACUUUCUUCCUCCCUGCAGACCGACAUAAAUCUACCCUACUUGACCAUGGAUGCCUCUGGACCCAAACACAUGAAUCUGAAGUUGUCCAGAUCGAAGCUGGAGAGCUUGGUGGGGGAUCUGAUUAAGCGAACGAUUUCACCAUGUCAGAAGGCUCUGUCUGAUGCUGAAGUGUCGAAAUCGGACAUUGGGGAGGUUUUGCUGGUGGGUGGAAUGACGAGGAUGCCAAAGGUUCAGUCAACAGUGCAGGAUAUCUUUGGGCGACAGCCAUCGAGAGCAGUGAAUCCCGAUGAGGCUGUGGCUGUUGGAGCUGCUGUUCAGGGUGGUGUUCUGGCUGGAGAUGUGACAGAUGUGCUACUGCUGGAUGUGACACCAUUGUCAUUGGGCAUUGAGACUCUUGGAGGUGUCUUUACUCGUCUCAUUUCCCGCAAUACAACCAUUCCAACGAAGAAAUCUCAAGUGUUCUCCACGGCGGCCGAUGGGCAGACUCAGGUGGAGAUUAAGGUGCAUCAGGGAGAGCGUGAGAUGGCGUCAGAUAACAAAAUGUUGGGUGCAUUUAGUCUUGUGGGAAUCCCACCGGCUCCACGAGGAGUUCCCCAAAUUGAAGUUGUCUUUGACAUUGAUGCCAAUGGAAUUGUUCACGUUUCAGCCAGGGAUAAGGGAACCGGCAAGGAACAACAGAUUGUUAUUCAAUCUUCCGGAGGUCUGAGCAAAGAUGAAAUUGAGAAUAUGGUGAAGAAUGCAGAACAAUAUGCACAGGCGGAUAAGGUGAAGAGGGAUCGUGUGGAGGCUAUCAAUCAGGCGGAGGGAAUUGUACAUGAUACAGAGACGAAAAUGGAAGAGUUCAAGGAUCAAUUGCCCAAAGAGGAGUGCGAUAAACUUCGUGAGGAGAUUACAAAGGUUCGGGAGUUGCUGGCCAACAAAGACAGUGCAGAUCCAGAGGAGAUUCGCAAGAGUACGGGAGCCCUGCAGCAGGCAUCACUUAAACUCUUCGAGAUGGCUUACAAGAAGAUGGCUUCUGAGCGGGAGGGAAGUAGUAGUUCACAAAGUCAAGACCAGCAAACAACAUCUAGUGAUGAUCAGAAAGAUCAAAAAGAGAAGCGAGAAAAUUAGAUUUUAAAUUAAGCAGUAUAUUAUUAAAAAAAAAUAUGUAAUUCUUUUUUUUCUUACAUCCCGAAUUGAUUUACGGUUUUUUAAGAGAAUUUCACCUUAGAAUUAUUUCUGUUUAUGAAGCAAAUAAUCCCAAAUGGAUACUUUCCCUCUCAUUAGCCAUAGAAUUAACUGGGAAUUCCGCCUGUUUCUAUUAAAAUGGUCCAGUUAAUGAAUUGUCUGUUGAUUUGUACAAAAAAGUGAAGGAGGAUGGAAUAGAUGAGUUGGAAAACCCGAUCAA